AUGCCAUUCUCUGUUGUGGAUUUCCAGGGCACCAGCUCAAGCUCUUCUUCCACAACUAUUACUGCGAACCAGAGAACAAAUCGACCUAGAAAGAGAUCUGUUAUUAACAUUGAUGCUGGAAAUAAGAGUGACGAACAUUACAAGUCUAAAUUUUCACCAUUUCGUUAUCGGUUUAGGUCGAUUUUAUUGCCAUUAAUUAGAGCAGAAACCCCAAUUUUGUUCAAAAUCCAGUCUUUAUUACGUUGCAAGGUUUUUGAUUUGUAUUUUUCGUGGACUGCUAAUUUGGCUGCUCACACAUUUUAUGUUUUAAUUUUACCAAUACCCAUUUGGUUUGGAUCAGCCGAGUUGACGAGGGAUUUAGUUUGGGUUUUAGGAUUUGGGGUGUUUUUCACAGGAUGCUUGAAGGAUUAUUUUUGUUUACCUAGACCAAGAUCACCUCCUGUACAUCGGAUCACAAUGUCAGGAUAUACAGCAAAGGAAUAUGGAUUACCGUCAUCACAUUCAGCAAAUGCGACGGGCGCUGCAUUGAUUUUUUUGGUUUAUUUGUAUGAAAAAAUUCAAAACAACAAAAUUGAUAAUAAUAAUAGUAUUAACAAUGACUCAUUCAUUUUAGAAUAUUUUUCGAUAUUUUUGAUUUUCGUUUAUUAUUUUUCACUUUUAUUUGGUAGAAUUUAUUGUGGGAUGCAUGGGUUUUUAGACUUACUAUUUGGAUCUUUGAUAGGGAUAUUUUGUGUUAUAUUUCGAUUGUUGAUUAAAGAGCAUUGGGACAAUUUUGUGUUUAAUUUUGAUUUAAAACUUGGUUUGGUUUCAAUUUUGAUUCCGGUUUCAAUUAUAAGUAUAACUGGUAUAUUGAUUCAUUUCCAUGCUGAGCCCGUUGACGACUGCCCAUGUUUUGACGACUCUGUUGCAUUUAUUGGAGUUGUAUCAGGAUUGGAGAUUACGCAUUGGUUGUAUUCUAAAUCCAAGUACGUUUUGCCAAUUGAGUACCAGGAUAGCAAGAUAUCGACAUACUAUUCAUAUGAUCAAUUGGGGUUGGUUGGGUCUAUUUUGAGGGUGGUGCUAGGAGCAAUUUUGGUGUUGAUUUGGAAAACGUUCUCUAAGAAAAUCAUCUACUUGAUCUUACCCAGAAUUUACAAGAAGAUCAACAUCUACGUUCCCAGAAGGUUUUUCAGGCCGGUUUCCCGAAUCUCAAGCGAAAAGGAGUACGAGACGAUUUACGAGAAUCUACUCUCCAAAGAUAACAUUUCCAAGAGCGAUCUCACCUUUGGAAAGCUAGACGACAAACAGGGCCCAGCGUCGAUGAGCGACUACUAUGAGGUGUUGUCGACUAGCAAAAACGCCAGGGAGUUGGAGCACGACUUGGACUUGAAAAACCGCACCUAUCCGGCGUGCGUCGCGUUGCGGCCGCGGUACGACGUGGAGGUGGUUGGGCGGUUGAUCGUGUACGCCGGCAUUCCCUUCAUGGCGGUGUUCGGGUUCGCCGUGGCUACCAGACUCGUGGGCUUGGAGUGCGCUGCCAGAUGA